CUUUUUAGAGCGAAGGAAACUGGCGAGGUGGUGUUGGAAUCCUGGGAGAAGAUGAGCAAAUCGAAGUUGAAUGGAGUGGAGCCUUCUGAAGUGGUAUCUCGGCACGGGCUUGAAGUCACUCGACUAACGAUGCUGGCAAGCGUUGGACCACAUGCUGCAAGGCAGUGGAAUGAGGGAGAAAUCCUUAUUGGUGUGAAACACUGGCAAUCUCGAAUGUGGAAGUUGAUUCGACGUCUGACGGAGUUCGCUAACAACCCUUCCACACGUUGGCCUUCUCCCGAUCGUGAUGAUUAUCUUGCUGCUAAUGCAAACUUCAUGAAGACGCAUGCCAGAAUUAUUGAACAGGUGCAUCAUCACUACUGCGAUUCGUUCGUACUCAGUGCCGUAAUCGCGAGCCUACAAAAGUUGACCAACAUCCUAUUGAAAGAUUACGAGUUGAUUAUAUGCACUGGGCACGGGAAGAAUUAUGAAGGAGAAAGGAAGGUGGUGGAAAUCCCGCCACCCCGUCGUUGUCUCACUCAAGCGUCACGAGGCAUUAAAGAAUCUGCAGUGAACGAGCGUUGUGCAUCUAGUCGCACAUUCCUACGCGCAGUGGGUGAUCUUAUCGUGAUGCUCCAUCCUCUUGCUCCCAUGUUUUCCUGUGAGCUUUGGAGUGGUUUUUCUCGGGCUCUUAGAGCCGCUCCUGGUGAGAAUUUAGAAUUCCUCUCGGAGGCAUCGCAGUGGCGAUAUGAUCUCUUUGCCCCAGCUGAAAUUUCCCACUUGCGAAUUGGGUCUUUAUCAUAG